UUUAAAAUUUUCCCUGAUCAGUGUGAAAUUUUGGAGAGCGAGUUAAAAUAAAUUCAUACUUUGCUGAUGAUUUCCUUAUGCCGACAAUCUUGAUUGGGGCUAAGAUGGUAUGUGGGAAUCAAAUGAUUUAUUGUGCAUUUCCACACGCACACAUGCACAUGCCCAUCGGGUCAGUCGGCUAAUCAAUCACUCAAUCGAGACACAUGCACACACACCCGCCCGUUUCGGCUCUACAUCAAUUCAGUUUGUGAUUGUCGCUUGAGGAGAGCAUAACGCCGGUCGUCAGGUGGUGGAAAUAAGUUUAUACAUAUAUGAGCAUCCAGAUCCAGAGCAACUACAACAAUCAGUGGGAGUAUGUGAGGUGUUUACCAACACUAGACGCUAGAAGUGGCAACUCUGGCCAACUGUAAUCAACAACAGCUGAUUGGCUUGAACAACAGAAAAAAUGGCAGCUGCACUGCCAGAUCGGUUUAGUGCGGGCAAACGGCAGUUCUGGCGCGAGUUUCUGGCCCUUUAUCAGGGAAUGCCGGAGCUGUGGGACGUCCACCACCUCAAUUACCGGAACAAGGAGCUGCGAAACCGGGCGUAUGAGUUGCUGGAGAGGAAACUACGGGAGAUACAGCCGAACGCUACGCGCACAGAAGUCGGCAGGCGCAUCAACAUAUUUCGCACCAAUUACAGGCGGGAGCAGAUGCGAAUCCUCAAGCAGAAGGAGCUGGGGCUGCACUCCGAUCUCUGUAAGCCGACGCUCUGGUUCUACGACUACAUGGGAUUUCUCCUCACCCAGGAGACCUUCCAGCACAGGACCAGAAAAGGUCGGGGCGGCAGACAGAAGCAAGAUUUUCGCAGGGAAAAGGAUGACAAAUACCCCUUGAAAAAUCCAGAUCUCAACACGGAAAGCGUUUGUGAUUGGCCGAUCAAGGAUGAUAACGCUUUCAACUACCAGUCCGAACCGACCGCCCCGCAAUCCGAAGAGGGUUCCCUGCUCAGUCCAAAAUUGGAGAUCAUAGAGCCGGAAGAAGGGCAGUGUGAAGUCAAAGAGGAAAAUAGUUUGGGAAAUUCAUUGGAAACGAAAGAACCCACAUCCUCGAUUCAAACAGAUCCCGAGAACGAACGAGGAACUGCACCCAUGCAACUCAGCGAGUCCUCCGAAGUUCUGGCCAGAUCCUGGGCUAUCCAGUACGAGGAAAUGUCCCCCACGCAACGGAUUCUGGCACGAAAGGCCAUCGCAGACAUCCUGUUUGAGGGAUGCAUGGGCAACCUGCGAGUAAACCGCGGCGAACAACAGAGCACCGUGGCAAAUCAUUUCUAAACCCUUGACUUCUACUAUUACGUCAUUUGAUAUUCCUGCAUUUGUCACUCUACGAUUUAAUGAACAUCUCAUUGAAGUCUUCAAAAAAACAGAACUAAGCAUACGGCUCUAAAGAAAGUUCGAAAUCACUCAGGCCAUAAUAACGAUGAACGAGGCAUUGCAAACUAGAAAACUAGAAUUUAAGUACUACAAAUAC